UGGUGUCCCCAUCCCCAUUCCCACAUUCCCAUUCCCAUUCCCACAUUCCCAUUCCCACAUUCCCAUUCCCCCAUUCCCGUUGCCCAGGUGCGCUCACUGACGGUGGUGUCCCCAUUCCCAUUCCCACAUUCCCAAAUUCCCAUUCCCGUUGUCCAGGUGCGCUCGCUGACGGUGGAGCGGAAGGCGUCGGAGCAGCUGCGGCGCCUGGAGCGGACGCGCGUGGAGCGCUUCCCGGACCUGGCGGCCGAGCGGGAAUGCCGGGAUCGGGAGGAGCGGGGCCGGCGCCGGGCGCAGCUGCAGGAGCUGCGCAGGGCCGAGAGGGACGAGCUCCGGAGGAAGAAGGAGCUGGAGGAGCUGCGGAGCUACUCGUCGCUGAUGAAGGCGGAGAACAUGUCCUCCAACCAGGACGGGAACGACUCCGACGAUUUCAUGUGAAGCUCCCGGCCCGGGAACGCUCCCGGCGCUGCCGCGGCCGAAAGAAUUCCCGGGAAAACGAACUCCGCCUCUGGAAAACGUCGGGAAUGCGCGGCCGGAUCCGGCCCCGGGGGCGCUCCCGGCCCCGCUUUCCCAAGGACGAUGCGAGGGAUUUCCCGGGAAUGGGGGAGCUGGAAAAGCGGAGCGAACAAAGCCUGGGCUCCGGGAA